UAUUGAGCUGAAUGUACUUCAUACAUGCGCAUAUCUUUAUCAUGUAUCGUCUUCUUAGGCACAUCAGAAAAGUAGCUCUUUUUUCUCAGGAAAAGCUCACUUCAGCCUUCAGUUGCUUGUCAUGUAAUAUAUUAAAAACCAUUCUCUACUUCCUAGUACUCUCCGUUGUUUGUAAAGAUGGAAGUGAUUUUUAUUUUACUUAUUUCUUUAAGACGCUCCCUGCAGUUGAUCUGUGGUGACAGCAUAGAGGCCGUACAACUGGAGUCUGAACAUUUAGAGACGGAGGAGUCGGCGGAGCCCCUCUCUAUUCCCGUUAUAGUGGGACCCCUGGCAGGUGCCCUCCUGGUGGUGGUUGUUAUAAUGAUAGUCAUCUUCAAAAGAAAAAAAUCUCGGAUUUUCUCGAAAACCAAAGAAAAACAGAAUGAGUUCGUAACACCCACAGUUCUGGAACAUGAUGCGGUUUAUCAUAAUGAAACCAAUGUACCCGAAAUCACAGAAGGACUCUAUGCAUGGACCAAAAUUCUCCUGCUACUUUUCAAUACAAUCUCAAAUCCUCAAUUCACUACUCAAGCGUUGAGGCCAUCCUCAACAGAGGAAAUUCUCAAAUCACCACCACCAACAUAG